AUGUCGACGUCUGGAACUCUGAGCACUUACUACGUGGAUUCUCUCAUUCUCCCGGAGAGCGAACCUGACGUGUCGUGUACGCCGCGAUACAGCUCCGCUGCCGGGCUGCACCAUUCACGGCAGACGGCCUCCUCUGGCUCUCUGCAUGAGCACACUGACUUGAGCUCCAAAGGCGCGCUGUUUGCAGCUCCCUGGAGCCAUGUUCCGACGCAGUUCCCCAGCUCUGUUUCCUCCAUGUACCCCCACCACCACCCUCACGCUCACCCGCACUACGGACAUCCACAGGGGCCGCUGAGCUCGGACUCGGACCCCCGCUAUCAGCCAUGGCUCCUAGAGCCCAUGUCUGCCGCUGUGCCCAUCAGCAGCAUCAGCAGCCUCGCUCCCACGCACCACUACGGCCACAUAAAGCCAGAGGUGGUCCGCAGCGGAGCGGACAGCGGCACACACACCCUGCUCCUCUCAGACUACGCCAACGGGACCGUGGCCACGGCGUCUCCUGCGGACGACAAGGACGCACUGGGCGGACAGGCAGCGCACGAGCAGAGCGGGGACACGGAGGACAAAGCAGGCCUCGACCCGAAUAACCCCGUGUCUAACUGGCUCCACGCAAGCGCAACUCGGAAAAAGCGCUGUCCCUACACAAAGCACCAGAUCCUGGAGCUGGAGAAGGAGUUCCUCUUCAACACUUACCUGACCAGGGACCGACGCUACGAGGUGGCCCGGCUGCUCAACCUCACGGAGAGACAGGUCAAGAUUUGGUUCCAGAACCGGCGCAUGAAGAUGAAGAAGUUUAACAAAGACGGUCCGCCCAAGGAUGAAUGA